UCAAAAUUCAAAAUUUCCCUUAAAAUUUAACAAAAAAUAAAAAUUAACGAUGUGUGACCCAUGUUGCGGACCUUUUGAGCCCAGGGGCUGUCGGAGUCGGGAACUGCGCUGUGGCAUCCUAUACACAUCCUGUGACUGCGUCAAGCGUAAUGGCCUGCAGGACAAGUGCCCGAGGGCGGCAUGCCAAGGACGGCCAGCAUGUAUGUGCUUCCCGUUCCCCACCUGUGGACCUGCCUCGUUCCCGCUGCGCUUCGCCAACAUGACCAUGGGCGUCAACAACAAGCGUAUGCGAUGCGCCGCCACUGCGGCAACUUGUGCGGGUGGCGGUGGUCUUGCUCGUGCCUGUGGUGGCUGUUGCGGAGGCUGCUGAUCUUGGCCCUGGAGUUACAUACCAUACACCCUGUGUCUGGUGUGCAUAAGCAAGGCUCACUGCUACAACACGCGAUUGGGUCCGCACGUCUAGUUGCCGUCACAAUCUCCAUCUAAUCACAAGAUGUUAACUUUUAAGGAAAUUGAUGCGUAAAUUUAAUAUCCAACCCUGUACCUCGUACAUCCUGUCGAAGCCCAAGUUGUUUCUGCGAAGCAAAAGUCUUGUCCAGAUAUCGUUUGGUGUUCCUGUCUAACAAAUGCAGAUCCAUGUCCAGAACUAUACAGGACCCAGCUGGUGGAUGUAUCUGCGUACUGAGGGGUUGGUACACAUUUAGAAGCAGUUGAAUAUGAAAAAUUAAUGGCACUACUGGGAAAAUUUGGCAAAGAGAGAAUGAACUAAUCACAGAAAACUGAGAUAUUGCGGGCAACUACGUGAUGCUUGUGGAAUGUAGAUCUUUGGGACGAGUUCGCGUUCAGCGAAUGCGGCCUGAACAUAAAAACAGAUCUCGAGUUCUUCGAACAAUAAGUAAUUGUCAAAUUAUAAAUUUAAAGUUAUUACGAUAAAAGCAAUGACUUUUCGGACCCAAGCUCUGACUUUGGGCUAAAUAAAGAAAGAAAUAUUGCUAAA